AAGUAAUUGAACGUCUGCAGCUAAUGGUUGAGGAUCUGGGAGAGACGUCAGAGAGCCUACGGCAGGCCAUGGACAAAGGAGAGGACGAGACGGAAGCUGUGAAGAGGAAAUUAAUUGACACAGAGGAAACCUUGGAUAAAGUACUGAAAGAGAAGGAGUCCGUGCAGGAAGUUAACACUCAACUCAGAGAUAACCUUAACAAAGCCCAGCAGGAUAUCCAGGCCCUGCAGCGUAUGAUAGAGAAGUCAAACCAGGAACUAGAAGAGCUGCGAGGGAAACUGAGUGAUUAUAUUAUGAACAUGUCCUGCCUUGAGGAGCAGCUAUCCUACAAAGACAACGUUAUUGAUAGCAUGCAGAUGAUGAUUCAGGAGCAGGAGGAAAUUAUAAAGAAUAUGGAGCAGGCCAUCAACCGAGGGCAGCAGGAUUUGGCAGCUGUGGAAAGGAACCUGAAUGACAUGGAAGAAAAACUAGACACUAUUAUGAAUGAGAAGGAGGCCAUGCUGCUAGCAAACACUGAGCUCAGAGGGAACCUGGAAAAGGCCAGUUCAGAUGCCCAGGCUCUGCAGCGUGAGAUAGAGGAAUGUAAGCAGGAAGUUCAGAAUCUGCAGGGAAAUCUACAGGAGUGUGAAAUUGACAUUUCCUGCCUGGAGGAGCAGCUGUCAUACAAAGAUAAAUUCAUUGGACAUCUGGAACUCACAGUCAAGACCCUACAGACUUCAGCAGAGAAUCAGCAGCAGGCUAUGAACAAAGGUGACUGGGAGCUGGAAUAUGUUCAAAGGAAAUUCUCCAAAAUGGAGGAGGAUCUGGCUGCAGUCAUCAGUGAGAAAGAGGCUGUGUUGGAAGAGACCACUGACCUAAAAAAUGACCUUGAAAAGGCCAAGAUGGAGAAUCAGGCCUUGCAGAUCAAGCUUGAUGGGUCCAACCAUGAAUGCGAGAUGUUCCACAGGAAGCUCCGGGACCUUUUCACUGAAUGUUCUAACACCAAGAAGCUCCUGUCCUCCAAAGAGAAAGUUAUUGGACGUUUGCAACUCACAGUUGAGGAAAUCGAACAAUCAACAAAGAGUCAGCAGCAGGUCUUGAGAGUGCGGGAUCAGGAGCUGGAGGCUGUGCAUAAGAAAUUGGCUGACACAGAGGACAAUCUGGCCAUUGUAAUGAAGGCAAAGGAGGCCAUGCCACCUGUGAAUAGCUUCUUUACAGGCAAGAAAGGCCAACUGGACAACCAGAUGUUAUCUACACUUCAGGAUAAAGGCCCUGGACAAUUGCAAUUCGGCGCUGAGGCACUCGAGAUGUCUGUAAAUGGUGUGCGGAGGGUGAUACAUGGCUGGGAUAGAGAGGCGGACUCCAUGUGGAUGAACUCACCUGGCACAGGAAAUGCAUCAGGCACUCCGGUGAAGGAGGAGCAAGCUGCAGUGACUCAGCUGCUAGAAAGGAGACAAAAUCGGCACUAGCCUUGUAUGCAUUUUGCUGUGAAACAUUAAAAAAUGUGGCCUAAAUCACACAGGAUAAGAUGAGGUAACUGAUUCUUGACUCAAUUAAAACAAGUGACAAAUAAAUAAUUGAUAAUUGUAAUGAAAGUUAUUUAAACAUAAAUCUGAAAACAUUAAGCUUAUUGUUUAUUGUCUGAAGGUAGUGUAAUUCU